GGAGGCGCGAUCAUGGCGGACGUGUUGAGUGUUCUUCGCCAGUACAACAUCCAGAAAAAGGAGAUUGUCGCAAAAGGGGAUGAAGUUAUUUUCGGGGAAUUUUCCUGGCCUAAAAAUGUCAAGACCAACUAUGUCAUCUGGGGAACUGGAAAAGAGGGACAACCUAAAGAGUACUACACUCUUGAUUCUAUUCUCUUCCUGCUUAACAAUGUCCAUCUUCCUCACCCCUCCUAUGUGCGGAGAGCUGCAACAGAAAACAUCCCCGUUGUCAGGCGACCCGACAGAAAAGACUUGCUGUCUUAUCUAAAUGGAGAAAGCUCGUCAUCAACGAGUAUCGACAGAAGUGCACCUAUUGAGAUAGGUCUACAAAGGCCAACACAAGUUAAAAGGGCAGCAGAUGAGGUUUCGUCGGAAGCAAAAAAACCUCGGGUUGAAGAUGAAGAGCGUGUGCGUCUGGAUAAGGAGCGUCUGGCUGCUCGUCUCGAGGGUCAUAAGGAAAGCAUUGUGCAGACAGAUCAGAUCAGGUCUCUGUCAGAAGCCAUGUCUGUGGAGAAGAUCGCUGCUAUCAAGGCUAAAAUCAUGGCCAAGAAGCGCUCCACUAUUAAGACUGACCUGGACGAUGACAUCACCCAGAAACAAAGAAGUUUUGUGGAUGCAGAAGUGGAUGUGACCAGAGACAUUGUGAGUCGAGAGAGAGUCUGGCGGACGAGGACAACCAUUUUACAGAGCAGCGGCAAGAACUUCUCCAAAAAUAUAUUUGCCAUCUUACAAUCAGUGAAGGCACGAGAGGAAGGCCGAGCCCCUGAACAGAGACAGACUCAGAAUCAAACUCAGGUGGAUCCAGCAAUAAGAAAUAAACAGCCAGUCCCAGCUGCCUACAACAGAUAUGACCAGGAGCGAUUCAAAGGGAAAGAGGAAACGGAGGGUUUUAAAAUUGACACUAUGGGAACCUAUCACGGUAUGACGCUGAAGUCUGUGACGGAAGGAGCAUCUGCUAGAAAAGCCCAAACACCAGCCAUGCAGCCUGUUCCCAGACCAGUUUCUCAAGCAAGACCCCCACCAAACCAAAAGAAAGGUUCAAGAACUCCUAUUAUCAUCAUCCCUGCAGCUACAACAUCUUUAAUCACAAUGCUCAAUGCCAAGGAUCUCUUACAGGACCUCAAGUUUGUCACAUCAGAGGAAAAGAAGAAGCAGGGCAUUCAGAGGGACAACGAAGUUCUUCUGCAGAGACGAAAAGAUCAGGUCCAGCCAGGCGGUGCCACACUCAGCGUCACUGUACCCUACAGAGUGAUCGACCAGCCGCUCAAACUGGCCCCACAGGACUGGGAUCGUGUAGUGGCGGUCUUCGUUCAGGGUCCUGCCUGGCAGUUCAAGGGCUGGCCAUGGCUGCUGCCUGAUGGAUCCCCAGUGGACAUAUUUGCCAAAAUUCGAGCCUUUCACCUGAAGUAUGAUGAGGCACGGAUGGACCCAAAUGUGCAGAAGUGGGACGUGACUGUGCUGGAGUUGAGCCACCACAAACGACACUUGGACCGACCCGUCUUUCUUCGCUUCUGGGAAACACUCGACAGAUACAUGGUCAAACACAAGGCCCACCUGAGGUUCUGAGAGCGCUGGCCGUACACCAGUCAACUCAUCGAGGCCGUCGAGAUGUUCCCUCCCUCCAAAGACGUGUCGCGAUGGACUGCUAGACCCCCCCAUUCCUCUCAAACCCCCCUGAAAGCACUUGAGAUUUCAGUACGCUUCACCUUCUGCUGACUCCAGUAUGAUUUGUAGUCUCUUCCUCCACUGUAGAUGAGCAGGUCAGGGUGGGUGAGGGAAAGUUUGGGUUGGCUCUUGUCAUGUUUUCUGAGUAGAUAUGUAUUUUUCAAUUGUAAAGCAGUUGGUAAUCAAGGCAGUUUCAGAAGUUUUUUUUUUUGUUAUUUUGUUUCCCAGCUCAAGCUCAAAAGAAAAAGUUAAACCGAGAACCGUUAAAAAUGGUCACUCGAUGAUCUGAAUAAAAUGACUGCUAAGAGCUCUUGUAAUGAUAAAUUGUUUAUUUCUUCUCUUUUUUUACUUUUUCUGCCUUCUGUUCUUUGAAGUGUAGAGUAGUGCAUCAACCGUCACUGCAAAAAUGCAAAUGAUAAAUAUAUCAGAUUAAGCCUCUGGGUUUAGGAUAAAGUGAAUUUGGAAGCAAACAGGACCACAG